AUGAACAAAACCGUUGGCUUAGAGUUAAUGCCAAAUAUGUUCCACGGCACGUUCAAGGAACAAGUAGUUUCCGUAACUACAGCUGGAACCUCCCAGUUAUUGGAAAGUGUCAGCAAAAUAAUGUUUUUCUUAUCACAUAUGCAAGCUACGUAUCUGUGGAGAAACGAGUGUGUAGUCAACUGGCAGAGUGAUCUGAUAAGUUGUAGCAAUCACGGAUCUUUUCUUUAAAACUAAUGAGUGGAGCAAAAUGGACAUCUCGCUCAUGUGGCCAGAAACCCUGAGAACUUUAUAUCGAUGACCCGAUGAAAAACUCUUGUACAGUAAGUUCACAA